AUCAUGGACUUCAUCAGUCACGUCGCCCAUCUCGACUCGGCUCGUGGACCCGACGCCGGUGGCCGCAACUGGCCCGCUCAACGCCCCCUCCCAAUCUCGUCGAUGUUGAGUCGGAUUGAGAAAUCUCCCAGCCCCAAACGUCACAUUGCGCUACCGCUUCCAGCCAAGGUGCUCUUUUGUCUCGCCUGAACCGGGGGGGUCCCACGGGGGGCGGGCGGCGUGAGGAAUGCAAGGCUCUGCGACUUUGCUCUGAAAACGGGGAGCUCUUUUUGUCUCUCUCUCUCUCACUCUCUCUCUCUCUCUCUCUCUUUUUAAAUUUUUCCGCCAUCGCACAGACGACGAGAGUGGCCAACGAAACGACGUUCUCCCUCUCCUCCCCUCCGCGGGCCGGCCUGCCUGCCUGCCUGCCUGCCUGCCUGCCUGCCUGCCUGACUCCCUCGCUCCAUCCACCACCCCGUGCCGUCAAAACCCCGACUCGGACAUGGGCCUCCUCAGCGCGGCAUUCUGCUUCGCCAUGUACAAGCUCCCGCGGCGGGUGCGGCGGCGCCUCGGCCUAGCGGCGCUGCUGCUCGCGCUGGCCCUCAGCGUCUGCUACCUCGCGCUGCCGCCCGACGCGGGCGUGCGCCUGGCGCUGGGCUUCAACGCGUCGCGCGCGGCCAACUACCUGCGCGGCAAGGCGACGGCGGGCGGGCCGGACGCCUGGCUGCGCGGGCCGGUGCGGUACCGGGUCGACCUGCGCAGCGAGGUGGGCUACCUGAUCAAGACGGGCUACGGGACGCGCCACCGCGUGCCGGCGCAGCUGGAGGCGCUGGCGCGCGCGGGCGGCGGCACCGGCGGCGUGCUGGGCGACGAGGGCAGGGGGUUCCUCGUCGUGGGCGACUGGACCACGGUCAACGAGACCGACGCCGGCGUCAUGGGCGUCGAGGUCCACGACGCCAUCCGCAUGGUCAUGGAGACCAAGAUUGACGACGCCCACGCCGAGCACCAGCGCUUCGCAAAGUACAGGACCCUGCAGGGCGCGGUGGCGGCCGGCGACGAGGAAAAGGCCCUCGAGCUGGGACGCAGGUACGGCUGGGAGCUGGACGCCCUCAAGUUCAUCAUGGGCCUGGAGUUUGCGCACAUGCGUCUCCCCCACAAGAAGUGGUACAUAAUCCUCGACGACGACACCUACGUGGUCAAGGAGUCGCUCGAGCUCCUGCUCGGCCACCUGGACCCCAGGGUGCCGCAGUACAUUGGCAACGCCGUGGGCGACUGGCGGGGGCGGUUCGCGCACGGGGGCUCGGCGGUGCUGCUGUCGGGCGCGGCCAUGAAGGCGCUCUUCGACCGGCGCGACGUGGUGGCGGCGGCGUACCGCGAGUCGCUCGACGAGACGUGGGGGGACCGCCUGGUGGCCACGACGCUGCAGAAGCUGGGCAUCAUCCUCGACGAGCGCUACUGCCGCUACUUCAACGGCGAGGCGCCCCGCGUGACGCGCAUCCGCGCCGACCGCGUGUGCUCGCCCAUUGUCUCCUUCCACGGGCUGCGCGCCGAGGGCGCCAUGGCCGAGACGGGGCGCGUGUUUGCCGGCGUCGCGGGGCCGGUCGUCUGGGGCCAGCUGUGGGAGCUGUACGGUCGGGGGUCAGGGCCGGGGCCGGGGCGACGCGACGGCGCGGCGGCCGCCAGAGGGGCCACCGGCACUGGGAGCGGGUUCCGGGACCAUGUGGGGCCGCGGGACGAACACACCAAGACGUGGAGGGGCGUCGCGGACGGGGCCGAGUGCGAGCGCAGGUGCGACAAGAAGGGGUGGUGUCUCGCGUGGACGCACGACGCGGGCGCGGGCGAAUGCCACGGGAGCCCGUGGGCGGUCGUGGGGGAGGAGGAGGGGGAGGAGGAAACCCGUGGCCAAGGCGAAAGCGAAAGCGGCGCACGCGGGUCGCGGUCCGGCAUCAAUUGGAAGAGGAUGAAGCCGCUGAUGCAGCAGUGCCAGCUCGGGGUGUGAGGAGGACAAGAAGAAGAAGCGCGAAUGCUACUACUACUGCUACUUACUACUACUACCACAAACUACUACUACUACAACAACUACCACCUGUUGAUUACUAGCAUGCCAUGCCACCACAGCCUGGCGGGUUUCAAUAUACUACUACCUAAUGAUAAUGGCCGCGCAACUACGGGCGGGCGGCUCGCGAGGGG